AUGACUAGUAAAUCAUGGCCCAAACCUAAAUACCCGGUGCCGUCAGAUGUAAAGUCAAUAUUUCCCUACAAAUGUCAUCCAUUAGACGGAGUGGAGCCGAUGUACAGCGCGACCCAAAAAUGGUUGUUUGAGUGCAGUCUAUUCACACCCACACAAUACAAGCGCGUUGGAACGUCCGGUGCGUUUGCCUCCUAUUUUUACCCCGAUUGCCCGGACCCGCACCGGUACGACAACCUGUACCGACAGAUGAUCAUGUUCUUCAUCAUUGACGACCACUGCGAGACCACAGCAGGCGAUGUCGGUCUCAACACUGCCGAAGCGGAGACUAUUAUCGGCCAAAUGCAUGAAGUUUGCAACAAAUUACUGGGUGACCGAUACGUGUCGGCCCGCGACUGGAAGCCAUACAUGUUGUCCGCGUACGCCCUCUACGAGGAUAUUCUUGUCGACUACAAUGACGUCCAAAAGCGCCGAUACGUUCACCUGUGGAGAGAGUGGACGGAUAGUAUGAUAGAUCAAUGCCGUAAUAUAACCGAUGCUAAACAAUAUAAAAGUGUUGACGAAUUCUACCAGAUUAGAGAUAAUGUGGUUGCGGCCAAGUGUUCGCUUCAUAUGAUUGAAUACGCGUACGAACUGUACGUACCGGAGGACGAGUGGCAGAACCCACUGUUUCAGCGCUACUUCACACUCGCGGCGCGGGCUAUACUGUGUGCCAACGAUCUCUACUCCAUCGACAAGGAGUUAAUGGACUGCGAGAGUCAGGUCGAGCGGGUGUUCAAUGGCAUAGCUAUACUGUCCCGCGUGGAGGGCAUACCACUGGACGCGGCUCUCCUACGAGUGGUCGCAAUGAUGAGACAAACGGAGGAGCGUAUGGUAGAGUUGGCCGAUGAGAUCGCCGGUGCCGAGUGGGCCAGCGCUCACACCCACGGAGUGGAGCCGAUGUACAGCGCGGCCCAGAAGUGGUCGUUUGAAUGCAGUCUAUUCACACCCACACAACAUAAACGCGUCGCAACGUCCGGCGCGUUUGCCUCCUAUUUCUACCCCGAUUGCCCGGACCCGCACCGGUUCGACAACCUGUACCGACAGAUGAUCAUGUUCUUCAUCAUCGAUGACCACUGCGAGACCAAUGAAGGCGAUGUCGGCCUCAAGACUGCCGAAGCGGACAAUAUUAUCGGCCAAUUGCAUGAAGUCUGUGACAAACUACUCGGUGACCGAUUUGUAUCGGCCCGCGACUGGAAGCCAUACAUGUUGUCCGCGUACGCCCUCUACGAGGAUAUACUUGUCGACUACAAUGACGUCCAAAAGCGCCGAUACGUUCACCUGUGGAGAGAGUGGACGGAUAGUAUGAUAGAUCAAUGCCGUAAUAUAACCGAUGCUAAACAAUAUAAAAGUGCUGAAGAAUUUUACAAGAUUAGAGAGAAUGUAGUGGCGGCCAAAUGUACUAUGCAUAUGAUUGAAUACGCGUACGAACUGUACGUACCGGAACCCGAGUGGCAGAACCCACGGUUUCAGCUCUACUUAACACUCGGGGCGAGGGCUACGGUGUGUGUCAACGAUCUCUACUCAAUAGACAAGGAGCUAAUGGACGCCGGGGGUCGAGUGGAGCGGGUGUUCAAUGGCAUAGCUAUUGUGUCCCGCGUGGAGGGCAUACCACUGGACGCGGCUCUCCUACGAGUGGCCGCAAUGAUGAGGCAAACGGAGGAACGUAUGGCAGAGUUGGCCAAUGAGAUCGCCGGUGCCGAGUGGGCCAGUGCUCACACCGGAGAGUUUGUGAAACGUUGCCAAACUCUUGUUAGCGGCAAUUGGUCAAUGUGGGUGUCACGGCAAACCACUCUUAACUAA